GUGGACAGACACUGGAACGGAGGGGGAGGCGUUUGGCUCGGCGAAGACGGGGAGUGAACCAGCACCGAGGGAAAGAACCCUGCCGAUUUUGGCCCUUUAAAUCACCAUUACAGCGCGUCCUGAGGCAGAGACAAGCCAAUGUGAGGUCACCUGCACGCCGCCGCUGACCUUGUGAACUCGAACUCUUCCCUCGCUCCGCUCCUGUGUCAGAGAGACGUCUGCACUCCAUCACCCAGUUUUCUGCUGUGUCGGCGUAUUCUGAUGGACCAGCAUGUCCACCACUAACAACAUCGCCCAGGCCAGGAAACUGGUGGAGCAGCUGAGGAUCGAGGCGGGGAUCGAACGUAUCAAGGUAUCCAAAGCAGCUGCAGACCUGAUGAGCUACUGUGAGCAGCACGCCCGUAGUGACCCCCUACUUGUUGGGGUCCCGACCUCCGAAAACCCAUUCAAGGACAAGAAGCCCUGCAUCAUUCUAUAGCUUACCUCUGCUGCAGUUACGUUUCCUUCACACACACACACACACACAUAUAGUCGCACACACCUCUAUCCUUGUGAGGACCUUUCAUUGACCCUUUCCCCAGCCAUUCGAAAGAAAUGGCAAACCUUAACCAGGACCUAAACCAAACUUAGAUUUAACUAUAAUGAUUUUGAAGGUUUAAUCCUCAAAUUGAGGUUUGCUCAAAAAAGGGGCCCUCAAAUGCAAAAUGUCCCUGCAAGUAGGUGUGUGAAUUUGUCCCCACAAGGAUAGCUAUACGAGUACACACACAGUUCCACUAAUAUAUACGAUCAGUUUCUAACGGCAGACACACACUCUGCAGCCAGGAGUCUUCAUCAUACCGUGUCAUACUAAUACACACACAAAAACACACUCUGGAAAAGCGCCAUAGCCUGCAGCCAGAGCUCGGGGGAAAAUGCUCGCGAGAGUUUGAGCCAAGGUGCUUGGUCGUCCUGGUGCGCGCUGCUCAGCUACUCUUCCAAAGGGAAGCGAGUGAAAGCAUGGGCGCGGACGUGGCGUGCAGCCCCACCUCCUGACCGUCUCUGCCUGUGGCCUCCGCGGCGGGCGCCUGCAGCCUCUGGCCGAACCUCCACCUGUGCCAACCUGUACAGAAGCGCCUCUGUGGGCGCUGACCCCAGAUCAGCGGCGACAGAGACGCACCGCUCCCAGCGUUAACUGUAUUUUUCUGAAGAGAUACUCAGUUGUGUACUCGUGGAUAUUUCGUUGGAGCAUUAACUAGCAGACGGUAGUGUACAUUUGAUUGUUUUGCAGCUGAACCGUGAAGUGAAUCCUGUCAGAUUACGGAGAUCUCAUCCAGGGAUUAACCUUUUAAUAGCCGGCUGGGACGAGGGGUCGCGGCAGGACGUAAAUAACCAAGCCAUCACACGGACACCCCUUUAUUUUUGACCAAUCAGACUCAGAAUAGAAUGAUAACGCCCCGACUUGAGCAGCCCCUCCCCCCUCCCUCCUUCGUCUCCGCCCCCUUUUCUUGUCUUGAAACCUUGAUUGUAAAAACCGAAGAAAAAAGAAGUGAAACUAAAUGUACAAACUUUCGUUGCGACGUGUGCAGAAGUGAUCAGUUGAUGCGAGUAGUCGUUCUUUUUUCUGGGUUUUUUUUUUUUUCUUCUUUCGAUGGAACUCUGGUCAGUUGCGUGUCCAAUACCCUGUACAGAGUCUGUAAGAUACAAGCUCAUGAGCCCGGCUCUGGGACUCUUCUGUCUGACCUCAUCUCUUUCCUCAUUCGCCCAUGAACCAGAAGAACCGGGAGGUUGUUGGGUCCGCGGCUACGUCGAGUCAGACCUCGUCUAGACGCCAGUGCAGCCACGCCUCUCUUCAACUGAUUGUAAGCUAGCAGCCACCCCGUCGUCACUCUUUCGUUGUUCGCGAUGUUGCUAAGUGUCCACAGCGGCGCCUCAGAUCCGUUUCAUAGGGAAGCAAAGGCGUAUUAAAGGUAUUUUGGGAUAUUUUAGAACAUGGUGCUAGAACUAUCGCAUUGCCUUCUCUCCACCUCAGAGCCAUUGUUCGUAACGUUGUGUCCGCCCGUCUUGUCCUUUCAAAUUCUCCGCUGUGCUUGGGUCAUCAAGAUUCGGAGCCCAUGGAAGCUAGCAUGCGUACUAGCAUUAGCAGACACUAAUACUAAGCUGGAGGUGCGUUCAUGCCAAACGUGAUGAGGUCGAUAUGGAUUACGUGCUUAAGUGUCGCGCUACAAAGAUGGAAACAAUUGAAAAAGCUGAUCUCUCUGAAAAUUCGUCAACCUGGCGUAGAAAUGAAAUCGGAAGAGAAGCAGUGGCUAGCAUCACUGAGCUGUUUUAGAGAAAGGGCUACAAUUCUGCUUCUCCAAUCCGCCAUUUUGACUUUCCACUAGCAGGUUGAGCUACGUUUAAGUUAUUUUUGUCACCGGAAUCUGACAAACAUAGCUUUUGGUGUGCUCACCUGCUAGCAUGCUAACCUGCUGAGACCAGAAGCACGAAUAUUUUUCCCAUAGAUUUGGCCGAAAUAGAAGCUGAGGCUUGUGCUUCUGUGAGUGGUACGAACGCACAGCUCCUGCACUGCAAGCGUCACUGCUGAGUAACUUCGGGUGAGGGCGAGCGUGACCGGAGGAAAGGUCGCGAGUGUGCUGGGAAAACUCUAUUUUCCGAGAAAUUAUCACACCGAGUUUGAAUCUGACACUCCUGCAUCACACUCAGAGUCACUCUGAAUUUGGUAUACCAGGGAUUUAAACGCCAGUAUUCUUUUUUACACCAACAGAGGGCAGAAAAUAUCAACAUCUAAUGCAAGGCUGAUGUAGCUCUGAGUCACCAUGAAGUUUAUUCCAGGGAUUGAUCAGUGUGAGUUUAAUGAUCAUAUCUGGAUCAAAUAUCCGACCCAGGAAACACAAGUAUUUUUCUAACCUAACCGAAAGGUCGACUAGCGCUUGCCUUACCAAACCCACCUGGUCUGGACGAAGCGAUGACGGUCGACGGGCCGCUGUGGUCAGCGAUCUCCAGUUCCAUGCCGACGCUCCCACCGAGCCGUCUCAUGUUUUAAUUUCUCUCGUGUUUAUUUGCCUUGAUUUUAUGAUGAAGAAAAUCGAUCUAUUUUUUGUAACUGUUUUCUGACGUGCCAUGACUCAUCCUUUUAUUUCCUCGCACACUGUUAAUAUUUUGUGGAUAUUGCUGUCAAAAAAGAUGAUAUUGAGACGUAGAUAACAUUAAUAAAAAGAUGAUAUA